AUGGGGAUAGAGGCACUCACAGCACUAGGUGAGCUAAAAAUGGCAGCACCAAAAUGGACUUACUUGGUCUUCAUGGCUCUAUUAGGCUUAGCAAUCUGUUCUGCACAUAGAGUCCCACCUGCCCCUAAAACCACCAUGGCUGGGGAAGAGGAUGAGCUCAAACUUGGUAUGAUUGGUGGCGUUAAUGGGCCGCAGGUUCAUGGUUCUGGUAAAUGGAUUAAUCAUAAGGGUGGUGCAGGGGGUACUCCCGGAGAAAUGCAUGGUUACAUGGGUUACCCAAGUGGUUAUGGUUAUGGUCAUGGUGGUGGCAGUGGUGGUGGGGGUGGAGGAGAAGGUGACGGUGGCACUUCAGGAGGAAUGCCCGGUUAUGGUGGUUACCCUGGUAGUGGUUAUGGUUCUGGUCAUGGUGGAAGUAAUGGUGGUGGUGGUGGUGGGGGGGGUGGAGGAGGUGGCGGUGACACUUCAGGAGUAAUGCCUGGUUAUGGUGGUUACCCUGGCAGUGGUUAUGGUUCUGGUCAUGGUGGUGGAAGUAACGGUGGUGGUGAUGGAGGAGGAGGAGGUGGCGGUUCCGGAGGAAUGCCUGGUUUCGGUGGUGGCCCUGGUUCAGGAUAUGGCUGGGGUGGUGGAUAUGGAUCUGGUGGGGGCAAUGGCGGUUACCCCCGCCCGGGAAUGGGUUGGUACCCUGUACCAGGUUAUCCACCUAAUAAUGAACCUUACCAUUGCAUUCCACAGAGCUGCUAUGAAAACCAAGGCAAUAUGUGUCAUGGAUUCACUUUACACAUAAAUCAUGCUCCUCCUAAGCCAAGUACAGGUAACACCAUGGACAAGGAUCACCAAGCUUCAGCUGCACCUGAGUUGAAUGAGCACAAAAAGGGGAAAGGGGGUAACAAUGAAAUGCAAAUGACCAAUACCAUGGCACCGGAGACCAUGGCCACCGGACACUAACCCCCCCGGAACAGAUUCUUAGUGUAUUUUCAGUCUAAAGAAGGUAACUCUGGUGUAAGCAUAAUGUGCUGUGUUUGUACCAAAGAUUAAUAAGACCUUCAAUUUAGUCAAAACAAAAGUGUUAGUUCAACAAUGCCAAUUCUGCUACUGAACACUUCAGCUCAUAAAUCAUGGAUAAUUAGAUGUGUGUGUGUGUGUGCACGUGCGUGCGUGUGUGA